AUGGUGCCGGUGCGGCAGCACUUCCUCCGCUUCGAGCCCGGGCCGUCGCCGGAGGCCUGCGACGACGCCCGCUUUGACGUCUUUACGCGCGACGUCUUCGCGAAGAAGAUCGCGCCGCUGGUGGAGCGGGAUGUGCGCACGAUUAUAUUCGUGCCGUCCUACUUUGACUACGUGCGGCUGCGCAACUACAUGAUUCGCGAGCACCGCGACGCCUUCGCCGCCAUCUGCGAGUACACAUCCCUGCAGCAGCAGCGCAAGGCACUGGGGCAGUUCACCGACCUGGAGCGGCCGCUGCUGCUCGUGACGGAGCGCUUCUACUUCUUCAAGCGCUACUUCGUCAAGCUGGCAGAGGUGAUGGUGUUCUACAGCCCGCCAGUAUUUCCCGCGUUCUAUAUGUCGCUUGUUAGCCGCCUCGUGGCGAACUCACCAAACGCGUUUGCGCUGACGCUCUUCUGCCGCUUCGACACACAUGAGCUCAACCGCAUCGUCGGCACGCGCCGCACACGGCAACUGCUGGAGCGUGAGGCCGACGCCUACUCCUUUGUGACGAACUGA